AUGGCCGAUUCCAACACCGCGGCCCACCGGCCGAGCUAUCCUGCCGGCACUAUCGCCAAAGUGUCAACCGAUAUACUGAACGAAACCUUUCACAACAUUAUCCAUGACCUCGUUGCAAAGGUCCAUCGUGAGGAGAAGGUGGCGCGAAUGCGCUCCGCAGUCGUGGUGGCUCGGCAAAAGGCCGAGGAAGGAGCUAUCAUUCCAGAGGAUACCGCCAGCAAGUCACUGGUCGAUGGAAAACCGAGAGAGGUCAAUAUCGAUGCGAACAAGCUCGCGAAUACCCACCUGGAGACCGACGCCGCCAUCUUCGACCACGGAAAAGUACACCUGAAAGGCAAUCCCCUCCAUACCGUGAAGGAGAUCAUCUGCCCGGACUGCCGACUCCCUCGUCUAACCUACCCUCCAGUUGGGGCAGGAUACCGACCUCCUCCGGACCCGAACAAGAAAUACUGCGAGAAUGGGCCGAUGAUCACCCUACCUGGCCACGAUGUCCACGGGAAACUAUUCGCCAUCAUGCCGAACCCGAAGAAACGCAAGGAUCAAAAAGAUAGCACCAUCCCCGAGGUUCCGACAAGCAAGUGCCCGAUUUGUCCACGAUAUUUCGUCAUGAACAGAGUAGCACAACACCUGGACCGUUGUAUGAAUAUCUCCGGGCGCAACAGUACCCGCAACAAGACACCAACAGAUAGCGGCGCCAGCGGCGCCAGCAGCCCGACCUCCUCAGCGCCAAAGCGUCCACACGAAAAUGAAGACGAGGGUGGUAGCCCUAGCCCAACGAAGAAGAAGAAGCUCAAUUCUUCUAAUAAAAAGGGCUCGAGUAAUAAGCCCGGGCCCAGCAAGCUGAAGAACUCGUUCACAGUAGAGGAACACGACGAUGACAUCAAGAGCGAGAAUGCCGAUGCCUAA